CCUCCAUUUUUCAAUCGAUCCGUUGUGAUUCAUUUUCAUCUGCUUUUUAUUAGCUAUUAUUCGAGAAUGGUUAGAGAUGUAUAUGUUCGCGAAAUUUAUUCGUCGAUGAAUGAUUAAUAAGAAAUUCUGUAUAUGUCAAUCGACACAUCGAAUCAAUAUCUUCGAUAGAACGUUCUCUUCAAUUUACUUUUAUAAAUUUUCUUAUCCACUAUUCGUCUAUGCUCCUAAACGAAGCUUCCCUUAAACGAGCAACCCCGAAAAGAGUUGAUAAGUAACUCGAAAUGCAACGUCGUUGAUUCCAUCCUUUCUCCUUCUCUCGCACGGUUAAAAAUAUUGCCCGGACGUUGUGGAAAAUUCUGUAAAGCCACCGUGGCGAACAACGGUGGCUUAACUUUCGCGUUAUAUGAGGCAAGACGUUCGUAGAAUAUCUCGAGGAGAACACUGUCUAGUGUAACUAAUAGUUACAAACUCUACUUCUUCUCCUAUCAUACGCCUUUCUACUUCAUGAUAUAUAAUAAUGAAGACUUUGUAAUAAACGUCUCUAGUCCCUGCAAAGAAUUUUCAAAUAUAUUAUUAUAAUUAAGACGAACGUCAAGGACAAUUUUUAACGUGUGCUUAAGUACACGUACAAAACGAGAUUUUAACAGGUAGAUUUGAAAAAAAAAAGAAAAUACGUAAGUAGAUACAACUACGUUUAAAAUCAAUAUAUUAUAUUAUUACGUGAAGAUGUAAGUAAUACUUACGUGUAUCGUACAAAAAUAGUAAAUUUCACGUGUAAAAAGCAGCACGUACGAUUCGAAUGAUAAAUUAUGUCACCGUAAUUCUCAAAGGACCGGUCUGGAAGGAUGAAUAAGAAAAAACCCGAUCAUACUAUAAUCUUUCUCAGCGAUCCAUACUAUAAUCUUUCGCUUCAUCAUCGAUCACAGUCGUAUCAUCUGCUUUAAGUCUUGCUGUCACGUUCGACACUUAUAAGUUUAUCUAUGGGUAUAGAAGGGUAAACCAACAUUGCCUACAUUACAGAGCAGCUCUUUCCAGAAACAUUAAAAGUGUUUAGUAAUAUAGAUUUUCUCUUUCUUUUCUCUUUUUUUCUCCUUCUUUUUUCUUUUCCUUCUUUUCCUUAAUUAAAUUGAGCGUACAAAAUCCGAUCAAAUAAGAAGAUAUAAAAAAAAAUUUACGCGUACGUUAUGUGUACGUAUUAAACUAAUUAAUAAAAAACAAAAAGAGAGAGAGAGGAAAGGAAAAAAGUGAUAAAAUUUGUUAGAAAAUUAAUUUUAUUUAAAAACUCGUUCGUAACUCGUUAUAUUCAGCUCGCUGAGUAAAUAUGUGAACAAAUUCUUACCGUUUGGUUUCGCUUAACGCAAGCAUAGUGUAUACUAUCUGAAUACAAAUUAGUUGAAACAUAUUUUUAUGAAAUGGAAAUUGUAUCUAUCAAGUUCACUUUCCACAGCGUAGAGAAACGAAAGUGGCAAGCGUCGUGAUUCGAAUCAAUAGGCGAGACACGACACGCGUGAGAGAAAAAUCAGGACAAUCUAUCAAGAUUCGGGACGGGUUGUGUCGUGCGGGUCUCACGUAGGUUCAGUUUGCGUGUGAGGAAUCAUGAUGCAUCGACGAAGGACCAAGGGACCUUCGCUAUUUUUUUCUGUUGUGUUUUUCUUUUCGAAAUCGCUCAGUAUCGAUCGGGUAGUGAAAUCGAGCGUAAUAAACGAUCACGAAACGAAUCAGCGUUUCGGAUUGCGUGAGAGAAAAAAUAACGAAAAAAAGCGAAAAGUAAAAAGCAAAUUACUCGAAAGAUCUUUUAAUCGUGAUGGAAAGGAAACAUCAGUCCGUAUCCGGUACACCGGACGAGAACGUUUAUCGCAAACGACGUAAUUCUUAUAGCGAAGCAAUGGCCGAGGAAAAUACGAUCGAGGAUCACGAGCUUACAGUGGAACGUCGCCAUUCACGAGGAAGCUUAGGAACUGGUUCCUCAAUUUUACGUAGGAAAUCAAAAUCCCGAGAAAAUUCGAGUAUAGAGUCGGUGAGUUGGUCCUCGACGAGUUUCGAUUCUAAACGAGAUUUAAAUCGUACGACGUCCGCCGAGACCAACAGAUCGUGGAGCGAAGCUGAGAUGCACGAGGUACUUCGUUCUUAUCCCGAUAUAGCAUCGAGGUUGAUCAGAUGCAAGUGUUACGUGGAUAUAAACAACAAGUGUCAGUGUCGUUGUCGUUAUCAGUGUUCAUGCAAUCAGUGUUGUAACCGUCAGCGUCGAAGGAUAUCCGCGAUCUCAAGAAGAGACUCCUUUGGUAGUUUCAAACGAAAGGAUUCGAGUUACUCGGUAUCGACCUGCCAAAGCUUCCUUCCACCGUCGUCGGCUCGAAACUCCGCUGGCAGUCUCUAUCGUAUCGGUUACUACAACGGCCAAGACUCGGAUCAGAACGAAACGAUCGUCAAGAAGGACUCGAUUCAAAGGCGGCAUUCCGAUCAAACGCAUUUCGUUCGUGGCUGCCAGAUCGAAUACGCGGAUAGGCGGAGGUACUCUGAACAGACACCGAGAGAUACCAUCGGUGAGUGCACGGCUAGGUGCAAUAACCACUUGAGAUCGAGACUCUCUUCGAGAUUCCUAGCGAAGGCGGGACAGAAAAGAUCUUGGCUGUCUUUUCAACGAGCGAGUACCGACGAUGUCCCUGUUAAAGAAGCCGACGAGACUGACAACGAGAAGGACGGAAACGAUUCAGGGAUUUCAAGCGUUCCUGAGAAUCGCAGAAAGAGUAAUGCGACUGAAGUCAAUCCGAAGAUGUUCAAAAGACGAUUUUCCGAACAGCUUAUAUUGGAAGCUGGGCUCAGUGGUUUCCCUGAUUUUGAAACGCUCGUAACCGAACGUGAUGACAAUGCCGAAGACGAGGAAGAAUCUUUCACUGGCAUUAAUGCCAGAAAGAGACUCACUUUGAAGAAACAUUACUAUCCCGAGGGUGGUUGGGGUCGAACUAUAAUUCUUGUAGCCGUUUUAGUACAGUUACUCUCUCAUGGCUUGCAACUCGCAGCAGGAGUUAUCUUGACUCCGACGAUUAAUCAUUUUCAACGUGAUGUCAGGGAUGCAGAAGAAAGAAAGAAGAAAAAACAAGAACAACAAGAAAGAAGCAAAAAAGGAACAUUUCAUUAAUUAACAAUAUAAAUUCGACAAUAGUCGCUGCGAUAUCCAAUUUUAAUCGUGUAUGCCUCGCUAGAAAUUCGCGUUUUCACGCAUGUAAAGAUCCCUCUCUUCUCUCUCUCCCUCUCUCUCUCUCUCUUUCUCUCUCUUUCCUACACACAACCGAAGUCGAUCGAGAGCAUAGAACGAGCAACGAUUGGAUGCACCUGCAACAGCUGUCGUCCGAACGAACGGUACUUACCUACCGUAAGCUAGCAAGCUCGUGGAUUCUACUAUCUCCUUUCUCUCUCUCUCUCUCUCUCUCUCUCUCUCUCUCUCUUUAUCUAUCUAUCUACCUAUUUCUAUCUCUAACCCUUUCGUUCAGUAUCACGUAUAAUCGCGUACUGUUAACCCACAUGUAUUUAUACGGGAUAUUACAGAAAUAGACGUCACACGUUCAAUGGAAAACAUCCCACAGAUCCCAAUCUUCCACGAAUCGCAACAUCUCUAGCCGAUUGUGUACGGUCUGUCGAGAAUUAUUUUCAAUAUCGAUGCUAGCUACAAUUUACAUAAGUUUUAGUAAUAGCUUAUCCGAUACUCGGAAGAAUCUAAUUAAACGUACACACCAUUAAGAAUAAUUACUAUAUUAUAUGAACGUAACGGAAAGAUUUUCAUUCGAAAAUCGAUAAUUCAAGUAUUCAUGAAAUCGAUGUACACCUCUCGGAUAUAUCUCAAUAUAGUAGAUCAAUUAAAAAUAACAUUUUGAUUCGUAUUUAUUUACUUGAUAUAUAUAUAUAUUUUUUUUUCAAAUCUUUUUCUUUUUUUUUUCCUUUUGUUCUUUUUAAUGAACUUCAAGUUGAAAGAAAAUCUCUUCGUAUUAAAGGAAAACGAGAGAUCCUUCCACUUGACGCAAUCUCGUCUUAUUAACGUAAACUCUCAACCCUAAGCCUCGUCCCGCGAAAGUCUGCUACGACACGCUCAUCGUCGCAUCUAGGUUGAAGUAGAUUAGAGGACGCGCAGAAAAUUAAAUCCAGAGCCACGCUUGCAAUAACAUCGUGCCAGCUGCAUCAAGUUAAGGAUUGCAUGUGCGUCAUCGGUACGAAACUCCUUUUUGAAGAGACUCCGGGAAAUUGUUGGAAGAAAAACUGGUCAAACCGGACAGAUGUUCGAUCGAUCGUUUAGGUGAAUCCUCGUAGAUUAAUCCUAACCUACAUUCGCGUUUCUAGUACACAACAAAUACAAAAAGGACAACAAAAAAGAUGUUCUCUUCGACUAACUCGAUGACGAAUGUUCGAAUGAAACCUGAAAGCAACAAUUUUCUAAAGUGCUGGAAUAUCGACAUUAAUUAUCAAAGAUCUUCAUCAUUUUUAGAUCAGUCCGUACGAUAUCAAGAAGCCUCGUUGAUAGAGAAAGAGGAGAGAAGAAGAAUAACUCGUUCUUCGUCGGACACGUUAAAUUUAUUGGCAGGAAAAAAGAGAAGAGAACGUGAUACCUAACACGAGUUAAAACUGACACGUUAUCGAUAAUUCAACCGAGUUAUACGAUUAGUUUUAUGAAAGAAACUAGUGCUCGCUAUCGUAAAGGACAAACUCAUCCUUCUGAAUGAAAUCGUCUUACAACUAUCCCCGCGAAUAGUUGUAGUCUAGAAAGAUUUAAUGAUAGGACAAUAAUGAAUUCGAAAUAAUGUUUCAUUAUCUUUUACGGAUAUUAACGGCACUUCGAAACAAGUAGAAUCGAUCUAAAAUUCGUAUUUUCCUCGUUACUCGCCAUCACUCAUUCGCAAAGCCUGAGAACAACAUUUUUGUAAUAUGCUCGAUAAUGAAAUAGAUUUAUUUCAUGGGAAUCAAUGAAUAUUCUUUUUCUUUCUUUCAUUAGAUCAAAAGUACAAUACAAACAACAGUGACUCGUAUGAGCGAACGUUAUUAAAUUAAUCAUUAAAAAUUCAUACAAAGAUAAAUUAUUCAUCAGUUAACCCAUUGUAUACCGUCGAAUAUCAAUUACUAUCUCGAGUCAUAAGUCUUCCGUAAUAAAAUUUCUAACUUGUAUUUCGUCAUUGAAAAAAUUCUAUCGGACAGUUAUCGACAAGACUGUUUCUCGCGUCGGUAAAACGAAUUCCUUUCUCAUCGACGAACGAGAACUUACCGACAUUUUUAGAAAAACUACGUUGAUAUCUUUACGUUCCCGUAGAAGAUAAUGUUUCAACAUUAAUUAUAUUUAUUUAAUUUAAAGAAUAUCUCGUGGAUAUAAUUUAAGCGAAAAGUUUGAAUAAUCUUUCUAAUGGCUUCAAAAUAAACAAUAAAGAAUCAUAGAAUUUAUAGAAUACCAGAAAAGUCGAUGGAAUCACGUCGAAUUCUUUGAAAACUCGAAGGAAAUCCUAUAAAACUAUAAGAAAGCAAACAAGAUCCAAUAGCAAAGAGAAGAUAAAACGAAUGACAGAAUAUUUCAAAUUCAUCCUGUAAGAACGAUCGUAGCAACUAGUUUUGAUGUUCUAAAACCGAUAUGUAAAGUCAUCGAAAAUAAACUAUGCACUGAGAUAAAUCCAUCCGGUUGAAAGUUCGACGUCGUAAAAGGAACCAAACCUCGCGCCCUUUUUACAUCGUGUUCGUAAAAUCCGCACGUUCGCGAAUUCGCGUUCGUAUCUUUUCGAUGAUAUAGCGUAGCAUCGGUUUCUUUCUUUUUCUAUUUCUUUAGGAACUCGUAAAAAUUCUUUACUUCGAGAAAUCGAAAAGGAACAAAUAAAACGGUGAAUCGUCAAAAAUUCUCAAUCGUCUUUAAUCUUUAGCCUGGAUACAAGAAGAAGUAAUAUGAGAUAAAAAGCGACAAAGAUUUAUCGUUCGAUCUAGGAUAUAUAUAUAUAUAUAUAUCUCGAUAGCUUACGCCACAAAAUCGUCUAAGGCUCGUAAAGAUAUCAUCUCGCUUAACUUUGUGCGAUACAAGCUUGUAACAUUUUCAUUGCUUUUAAAUCUGAUUUUCGCUCGAAUCUAAAAAGGGAAAAGAGAAAGAAAAAUAGGUAUUCGUUUUUUUUUUCGACGAUAUCGCGCUUUUAAAACCG